GGCAUAUAUUUGGGGUUAAAGUGUUUAAAAUUUCCAUCUGGAGUAGGAGGAGUGAGGGAGGAGCUCAUCCUACCGUGUUUGCUUCAUCAAAAGCUUCGGCUACUGCCCCUCUCCCGUUUCUCUCUCUCUCCUCUCUCUCUCUCUGUCUCUCUUGCUCUCUUGGUGACAUCGCUUUACUGCCACAGCGAAGAAAAAAUGACGACUUACCUGGAUAAAGGGCUGAAGCCCGAAAGAGGCCGGUUCCUUCACUUCCAUUCCUUGACGUUUUGGGUUGGUAAUGCAAAGCAGGCUGCUUCAUUUUAUUGCAACAAAAUGGGGUUUGAGGAACUGGCCUACAAAGGUCUGGAGACGGGAAGCCGAGAGGUGGUGUCCCAUGUGGUCAAACAGGACAAGAUCAUAUUUAUCUUCUCCUCGGCUCUCAACCCUGGAAAUCAAGAAAUGGGAGCACACUUAGUGAAGCACGGGGAUGGUGUCAAAGAUGUUGCCUUUGAAGUGGAGGACUGCGAUUUCAUCGUGCAGAAAGCUAGAGAGCGUGGAGCUCUGAUUGUUAAAGAACCCUGGAUAGAGGAAGACAAAUACGGGAAGGUGAAAUUUGCAGUCGUUCAGACGUAUGGAGACACCACACACACCCUGAUAGAAAAGAGGGGCUACAAGGGGCUUUUCCUGCCUGGGUUUGAGCCACCCAUCUUCAAGGACCCACUGUUGAAAAGACUGCCACCUGGGAAACUGAACUUCAUUGACCACAUAGUGGGGAACCAGCCUGACCAGGAGAUGGUCUCCGUGGCAGAAUGGUACCAGAGAAACCUCCUCUUUCACCGUUUCUGGUCUGUGGACGACAAGCAGCUGCACACAGAGUACAGUGCCCUCCGGUCCAUUGUGAUGGCCAAUUAUGAAGAGACCAUUAAAAUGCCCAUCAAUGAGCCUGCAAUGGGGAAGAAGAAGUCUCAGAUCCAGGAAUACGUGGACUAUUAUGGGGGCCCUGGAGUCCAACACAUCGCUCUGAAUACCUCAGAUAUUAUCGCUUCAGUCACAAACCUGAAAGAACGUGGCACGGAAUUCCUGACAGUGCCCCCCACCUACUACCAAAAACUUAGGGAGAAUUUGAAAUCAGCCAAGAUCAAGGUGAAGGAGAACAUUGAUAAACUGGAGGAACUCAAAAUCCUAGUUGACUUUGAUGAGAAGGGAUACCUGCUUCAGAUCUUCACAAAGCCUGUUCAGGACAGACCGACUGUCUUCCUCGAGGUCAUCCAGCGCUACAAUCACCAGGGAUUCGGUGCUGGAAACUUCAAAUCUUUGUUUGAAGCUAUUGAGCUGGACCAGGAUGCCCGGGGAAACCUCACUGUCCUGACACCCACCGGAAAAUCAGACUUUGUGUAAUGCUCAGGAGGAAACAGUGUGAAUACAUACUGAAAGUGGGAUGCACUAUGCAAGAAAGGGUUGGAAUAAUUCCUCCCAGUUCAGGCUUUCCUGAAGGCGGUUCUAAAGUCUUUCCUUCUUUGGCUUUUUUUAAAAUAUUAAUACCAUGGGAGCCUUCCUCCAUGUCCACUUUGGAGAGAUCCCUCAUGUUGGCUGAAAUAAACAAACAAGCAUGUAUUUGUCUGUUCCUGAUCCCAGCAUUUGGCAUGGCACUUGAAAAAGGAUUGUAACAGCUUCAAUUUUGGGGCUAUGUAAAAACUGCAACGUUUGAGUCAUGGAAUCAGAGAGUCGCAAGAGACCUCAAAAUGAAUCAAGUCCAAACCCCAGGCGAUCCAGGAACCCUUCCUUGUGCCAUUUUUAUUGAUAGGUGGCUACCUAUAUGCCACCGAACGCUGCAAGAUCCAGAUGCUCACAAUCCAGUGCUAAGUAGCCUUUCCUAUUAUGGUUUUUGCCCUUGUCCAAUGAGGCUCUUGUUAUCUGCCAUGUCUGCAGAGCAGGGGUGGGGAACCUGGUACCCUUCAAACAAAAUUUAAUUUUUUUAAAAAAAAAAUUUCUUCCAGUAGCACAUUAGAGACGAACUAAGUUUGUCAUUGGUAUGAGCUUUCGUGUGCAUGCACACUUCUUCAGAUAUUCAAUACCCUCCAGAUAUUGCUGGACCCCAAACUCCCAUCAGCCCCAGCCAGUAUGGCAAAUGGUAUGGGGUGAUGAGCAUUGUAGCCUGCCCUACAACAGACGGAGGACUGCAGGGUCCACCACCUCCUCUGUCGAUGAACUUGGCUUCCCUGAGAUUUCAUAGAA